AUGGACGUCUUACUGCACUACGCUGACGAGUACGUCUUCGACUCCGUGUACAAUUAUCUCCUUCCUCAUCCGCCCAUCCCAUCAUCCUCGUCCCUUCCUGAUCUGUACAACAAAACGGUCCUUCCGUCACCUUACACUCAAUCGACAACGUAUCAUCCACCGGAUCUAUCUAUCGGUGGUAGCGUAACCGGCUCGUUAUGGGCAAGAGAUAACAUAUAUAGACAGGGUGUAUCAAUAUUCACCAUCGCAUUGUCGGGAGCAUACAUAAUGUAUUUCCUCUUUUGUUCUAUAUCAUAUUUCUUCUUCUAUGACAGAAGAUUGGAACAUCAUCCGAAAUUCUUAAAAAAUCAAAUUCGUAAAGAGAUAAAAUCGAGCUUGAUCGCUGCUCCCGUCAUCGACCUGAUCACCCUCCCAUGGUUUCUCGGAGAAGUUAGAGGAUAUUCGAAACUCUAUGAUAAUAUUGGACAAUACGGUUGGACCUACCUCGUCGCUUCAUGCUUCAUGUUUUUACUGUUCACGGAUCUGGCGAUUUAUUGGGUACAUAGAUUGGAACAUCAUCCGUUGAUCUAUAAACAUGUUCAUAAACCACAUCAUAAGUGGAUCGUACCUACACCAUACGCUGCGCUUGCUUUCCACCCUUUGGAUGGUUAUGCUCAAUCGUUACCAUAUCACAUCUUCCCGUACUUAUUCCCUUUGCACAAAUACGCCUACCUCGGAUUAUUCGUCUUUGUUCAAUUUUGGACGAUCCUGAUCCACGAUGGAGAUAUGAUAUCUGGACAUUUCUUGGAGAGAUACAUAAAUUCACCGGCUCAUCAUACCCUACAUCAUCUCUAUUUCACCGUAAAUUAUGGACAGUACUUCACUUGGGCCGAUUCAUACUGGGAUUCAUACAGAGCACCAGAAGAUAAACUUGAUCCAAUUCACGAAUCGAUAAAGGCAAUGAAGAAAAAGGGUUUGAUCGAUGAAGAUGGGAAUCCCAUACCUCAAAUCAACAAGAAAGAUUUGUAA